AUGAAAGUUAUUGCAGCCAUCUUGCUGGUGCUGUGUCACCUGACCAUCAGUUAUGGUGAUCCCUCAGUACGGGGAAAGGGGGCAAAUGCGGCAGAGACCUGCAUAGCCGUCUGUGCGGCCUCCUGUGCGGCCAUCAGUGCGGCCUCCUGUGAGACCAUCUGCGCGGCCUCCUGUGAGGCCACCCAUGCGUCCAUCCCUGCGGCCUCCUGUGCGUCCAUCCCCGCAGCCUCCUGUGCGUCCAUCCCCGCGGCCUCCUGUGAGACCAUCUGCGCGGCCUCCUGUGAGGCCACCCAUGCGUCCAUCCCUGCGGCCUCCUGUGCGUCCAUCCCCGCAGCCUCCUGUGCGUCCAUCCCCGCGGCCUCCUGUGCGUCCAUCCCCACAGCCUCCUGUGAGACCAUCUGUGCGGCCACCUGUGAGGCCACCCAUGCGGCCAUCUGUGCGGCCUCCUGUGAGACCAUCCGUGCAGCCACCUGUGAGACCAUCCCCGCAGCCUCCUGUGCGGCCUCCUGUGAGGCCAUCCGUGCGGCCACCUGUGAGACCAUCCCUGCGGCCUCCUGUGAGACCAUCCGUGCGGCCACCUGUGAGACCAUCCCCGCGGCCUCCUGUGCGGCCUCCUACUGGAACUGUGAUGAGGGUCCGAGGCUGUAUAAUGCUCAACAGAUUGACGCUGGGCAGGGGCAAGUGGUGGCAACAGACAGGUACAACUAUCCGUAUGUCCUGAUUGGAUCGUUUUGGUAGCGACUGAGCUCAAUCAGAUUCAAGCAUCUCUCAGUGGGAUAUGCAGGACUUUGGGGAAGUAGUACAUCAAACAUCGUCUUCAAAUACGUUGCUGGCAACUAUGUACGAUCCACUGGUUAUAUGCAGCAGGUGGAUGCUGGAGGUGGUGAUCAACUUGUGGGAGUCACUACCUCCAACCAAGCCUACUGUCUGAGAUGUAGCUCAGCUUUGACCUACAGUGGAGUGGGUUACCUGAGGUGGAAUUCCCUGUCAAGAAGAUUGAAGUACUACACCUGUAGCCCAAAGAACGGAUGCUGGGGAGUCGACACGAGUAACCGGGUCUACUUCACACGGACAAUAAACUCAGUAAGCUGUGGCACCUCAGGCUGGACACAAGUGGCAGGGCAACCCAUGAAAAUGGUUGAAGUGGGGACUGACGGAACUGUUUUUGGAGUGACCUCACGUGGUGACGUCUACCAAAGAGUUGGCAUUGUCACUGGUCGCCCAUCUGCUGGCAGAUACUGGGCCCGUGUCCCAAUGUGCAUGAGAGUCCGUCACCUGAGCUACGACCUGAACAAACUCUGGGUUGUUACCAACUCUGGUUUAGUCCUGAAGUGCACAGGCUAA